AUGAUUGAACACUCGAGCAUUGCGAUAUGUGGGAUAAAAACACCAGAAACUUCCGGAUACAUUUUGAGGGUUUCUUGUGCUCAGAUAUUGUUUGCCAGUCAUCCAGACGUACAGAACGUAUUUGCGCCAUUCAGAGGCAUGAGCCCAGAGGACGUCAACGAGAGUAACCAGCUCCGCUCACACGCCAUGCGGGUGAUGGGUACUGUGGACAAGUGCCAUAGCUGUAUAUACGAGUCAAAUAAAGUCGUUAAAAUCAUCCAGGAACUCGGUUCAAGACACGUUAUGUACACGGCCAAGGUCGACUACUCGGAUUUGAUCGGACCGCAGUUUAUCCUGGCGAUUCAGCCUGUUUUAAACGACGCGUGGACUACGGAACUGGAACAGACGUGGUCUGACCUUUUCAAGUUGAUAGCAUUCAUCAUGAAGGCCUCUAUGACUUUUUGA